CAGCCUUGCAGCACUAGCCACUCCAGCUUUUCAUUAUCGAGUAAUGCGAAGCUAGCCGGCUUUCCGAAUUUCGGUGCAUCAAUCGCAGGUCAAAAACGUCACUUAUUUUGCGAACUCGAUACAGCAUCUCGAGACCCUAGCAAUCCCCCACCAGUUCCCUCAUACACACGAAAAUCAGCAGCCAUGGACUCCGAAUCUGUCAAACAGUCUGUCAUGAAGCAGGUCCUCCAGGAGGCAAACUUGGCCAACGCUCGUGUUCUCAUCGAGAAACUUCAGGAGAACUGCUUCGAGAGGUGCGUGCCCAAGCCCGGCAGCUCUCUUUCCAGUGGCGAGACGACCUGCAUGACCUCUUGCAUGGAGAAGUAUAUGUCGGCAUGGAACCAGGUCAACACCGCAUACAUCAACCGGAUAAAGCAGGAGUCUAGCAACCCCAGUAACUUCGCGUAAUCCAUCUACACGAAUGGAGGAAUUAAGAUAGAGGGAUACAGGGGGCGGCUGUUCAUCAUGUACUACUACUACUACUACUGUACACCAAAACAAGACCAAGGGGGCUAUAUGAAGCCCAUUGGAAGCAUCGAUUGGAGGAAGGUAUACAUAAAGGAAGGAAAGACUUCUAGGCCGAAUCUCUGCAUCAAAAGUUUGGCAUCAAGAGCCCGUACAC